GAUCUCUACCGUUUAUGGAAGGGGAAUUCCCUAAAAAAAAGAUUUUCGGAUGCCAAUGAUAAUUCUACACUCCAAAAACGGGUGGUGCCACUGCUAAAGAACUGACCAAUAGAUAAACUUUCAGAUGGCAUCAUUUAGCUUUUUUCCCCUCCACUACCGGCACAGUACUCGUACGACAAUGCUCAGAUUCGAUUGUGCGAGAUGGGUUUGGCUCGUGUUGUAAUAGGAUGGUGGGAUGGGUUGCCCCUCUUUUCGCCGGUCAUGGCAUCCCGCCCCUUAUUUACUCCAUCCUUCCUUUUCUCCCCCCCUCUCUCGCCAGUCACAGCAAACCACUCGACGAUACGCAGCUCCUCUCACCAGAAGUUACCCAUACAUUAGUACACCGGUACGAUGGCCGCUCAAACUCCCACCGGAACGUGAGUAUCGUUUGCGUUGAUUGCCUAGAAAUAUAUGUUAACUCCAGGCUAGUCUCCGCCUCGGAAGCAUUGCUCCGGACUUUGAAGCUGUGACCACCACCGUUCGUCUCCCAAUUCCAGACAAAAACCCUCGUUAGAAUUUCGCUGACCCCGUUCAGGGCCCCAUCAAGUUCCACGAGUUCAUCGGAGACAACUGGGUUGUCCUCUUCUCGCACCCCGAGGGUACAAACACGCAUUUCCACCUUAUGCAUUAUCCAAUUGCUGACCGCUGAAGACUUUACCCCCGUUUGCACCACCGAGUUGGGAGCCUUCGCUAAGCUCGAGCCCGAAUUCACCAAGCGUGGUGUCAAGCUCAUUGGCCUUUCCGCAAACACCAUCGAGUCUCACGGGAAGUGGAUCAAGGAUAUCGAUGAGGUCUCUUCAUGCAGCCUCAAAUUCCCUAUUAUUGGGGACAAGGAGAGGAAGAUUGCACAUGCUUACGACAUGUUUGUUCCCCAGUGAAAUAGGCAACAGAGCCAACAAGGAUAAAAAGCUAAAUCUGAUCUCGGCAGGAUUGAUUACCAAGACACUACCAAUGUUGACUCCAAGGGGAUCGCUUUCACUAUUCGCUCUGUCUUCAUUAUCGACCCAAAGAAGACUAUCCGUCUUAUCAUGUCAUACCCUGCCUCUACUGGGCGCAACGCAGCUGAGGUUCUCCGUGUCGUCGACUCCCUACAGACUGGUGACAAGCACCGGUGAUUGUUCCUUUACCUCUGGCUUCUGGAGAGAAAUAAAUUAACGGAAACAGUAUUACCACUCCUAUCAACUGGGUUCCUGGAGACGAUGUUAUUGUCCACCCCUCCGUCACUAAUGAGGAGGCCAAGGUAUAUCCCAAUAUACUCCUCGAUGCUGGUGGUUGCUAACAACCCCCAGACCCUCUUUCCUGACUUCCGCAUCGUUAAGCCAUACUUGCGAUUCACGCCUCUCCCCAAGGAGAAGACCACUGCUGCUUAACUCUUUUAAAACAGAGUCAUGGGAGAUCAGGUAUAAGCUACUGUAAACUAAACGGAUCCUCUCUUUUUCCAGUCAAGUUCACGGUCUCCAUU